AUGUCGAGUCUCACUCCCGAUCACGUGAACGAGCUCCGGGCCAUCCUCUCUGCAGACGAAACGAUCGUCCCUUCCUCUCCCCUCUAUCAGGACAACACUCGCUGCUGGUCAUACCAAAAAGACCUCAAGCCCGCUCUCGUCCUCCGCCCAACCUCCCUUCCCGCGCUCCAAGCAACCAUCAGGUACCUCAGCAAUACCGAGCUCAACUUCGCCAUCCGCUCCGGCGGCACCGGCUCCAGCUCCGCCAAAGACGUCGUCCUCAGCAUGAGCGCCUUCGACGAGUUAACUUUCAACGUCGAAGAAGAGACUGCCGUCAUCGGCGCCGGCCAGACCUGGGGCGACGUCUACCGCAAGCUCGAAGAUCUAGCCCCCGGCUACGCAGUCGUCGGCGCGCGAACGCCCUACGUCGGCGUCGGCGGAUCCAUCUUAGGCGGCGGGAUCUCGUGGCUGAGCCACGAGUUCGGGCUCGCGGCCGACCCGCAGAACAUGCUGGACGCGCAGAUCGUGCUACUAGAUGGGCGGGCGCUCUGGGCGUCCGAGGAGCCGGAACUGCUGUGGGCUUUACGGGGCGGUGGCGGCAAUUUCGGGGUUUUGGUGGCUGUGAGGCUGAAGUGCUACCGCUAUACCAAUGCCGUCUACUCUGGGAGUAUUUUCUUGCCGGGUGAAGCGCUGGAGCAGAUCGCGAGGGGUGUCUCGGACUUCGCGAAUCGUCCGUCGGACCCGAAGAUGGCGAUGCAUGUCGUCGUCGGCGAUCUCAUCGGCAGCGCGGCGAGAGGCGAACCGGUGACGCUACCGAUAUUUCUCAUGGUUUAUGAUGCGCAUGGCGAAGCGCAUGGAAGGAGCGAAGAGGGGUUCAAGUGGGCACUGGACGUCCCUGGGGCUGUCGACAUGACUUCCGCUAUGACAUUGCGAGAGGUGCACGACUUGCAAGAGGUCAACCGCCCAAUGUUUGGCGCCCUGCAUUCCCACCUCGCAGCCGCCCUCGUCACAGACAUCGACCCGUCCUUCCUCCUCCGCGCCUGGGACUGGUACCACGAUGUUGUCGGCGCCGACAACCGCCUCGGCACCGGCACCUUCGUGCUGCUGGAGAUCAUGCAGGACAGAGCGUUCCGCUCGGCUGGCCCUGCGGACUCGACUGCCUGGCCCCACUCCUCUGCCCGCCACGUCCUCCAGCUGCUGACAGGGUUCGCGCCGGGGUCGGGCUGCUCGGACGAACUGGCGGUAGAGCUGCUGGAGAAGGCGCCGGGGAGGAUUGCGCCUGGGCACGGACCGAAGGACUAUUUCCCGAAUUCUGUUGAGGGGUAUCAUCGUGUUGAUGAGAUCUUCGGCGCGAACUACGAGAAGCUGAGGCAGUUGAAGAGUAAGUAUGAUCCGCGCUGCAGGCUUAACAAGGGUUGCGUCAUUCCGCCGCUUGAGCUUCAAGCGUGA